GCUGGAGUGGAUGUGUGAUUCUCUGCUCGCUCUGUUCAUUCUUCUCCUGCCGUUAUCAUGGAUAUGGAGUCCUCAUAUGAGCAGUGACAGUGUGAUCUGACAGCAGACAAGAGCGUCAUGAGCACUGAGAUCUCCGAAAAAGAGCGCAGCGUUCUGCAUGAUGCUGGGGAGGUGAAGGAUAAGAAGACAGCUGUGAAGGAGGAGCUGUCUGAGGAGCAGGAGCUGAAGGAGUUGAGAGCUCAAGUGCUACAGCUUCUGCUUGAGCUGGAAGAAACUCGAGACAUCUCUCAGAAACAUGAGGAGAGCUUCCUGGAGCAGCAGGGUCUUCUUGAGGAUGAGCGUUUAGCUAGUGCACAUCAGGCAGAGGCCUUCGCAAGACAGAUCCAGCACCUGCAAGCCCAGCUUCGCUCUGUUCAGGAGGAGAUGGACAGUCUAGAGGAGGAGAAGGAGAGUGAGCUGCUGGAGGCACAGGAGGAGCUGCGGACAGCACAGGAGGAAGUGCUGGUGCUGCAGCAGGCAGCGGAGGAGGCUGCAGCUGAACGGGAGAACGACAUCGCCUGUCUGCAAGAGGAGCUCUGCAGGUUACGAGCUGAGAUCUCUCAACUUGAGAACACAGGACAAGAGUACGAGCUGGAGAUCAUCACACUCAGAGCAGAAAUUGAGAUGAAGAGCCAAAGACGGCAACAGCAGAGGAGGGAGGGUAAUGUGGGUCAGCUGAUGGAUGAAUGUAACAGUCUAAAGGAGCAAUGUCACUCACUGCAGCAUGAAAACACGAGGCUGACUGACAGACUACAGCUGCUGCAAAGGAAAAAUUCAGGCAGUACAUGCCUCACUCUUAAAGAGGAGCAGGAAGAGACAGAGGAAGGAAAAGACAUGCAGUGCGGCACAGAAACAGAAGCAGGAAGCUCCUAUAUGAGCGUGAAUCAGAUGAGUUCCAGCUGCAGGCUGGUGGAUGCUGGGAUACAGAAGAACAUCUCGUUUGAGGGCAAACCUGUCACCCCUACCAGCUGGACAGGAGGAUUCUCAGAGAUACUGUCCCUGAGAGAUCAACUCAAACAGACUGAGGAGAAGGUCACAUAUGUGCAGAGAGAGUGUGAUGGACUAAAGAAUGAACUACAAAAGCUGCGGGAAAUGUAUGAAACCAGUCAGAAGGAGCGAGCUGAGCUGGAGCUGGAGUUGUUACGCUGCAGGGAGGAGCUGGAGAAGGCUGCUGACAGCAAAGAGGAAUGAUGCUGAUAAUAACUGUUGAUUUGUUGCCGGUGGUCUGAACUGUAUCCUAGAGAGCAGAAGGUACCAUCUGAAUAUAAAAAAGUUGAUUAUGUUUUGGUCUGAGUAAUAAACUAAUAAAACGUGGAUAUUGGAUGUUCUUUAUGAUGUUCUCUGAUGUACAAAUAAUUAAGUCAUUUUAAGCUCUAUAAUGAUUUGACUAAAUUAAAAUGUAUUCGUUUUUAAGGCAACAUGUUGUUCUUUAUUUAUGUUGACAAUUUAUUAUAAUAAAAUAAUCUUGCUAUGAUUGCUGGAUUAUAACUUUUCAGAGUGAUCUAGGGAAAUGAGAAAUGAGAGGAUUUAUUCUGUUCAGUGACAUACACAUUGUUUUUGCUCUCCAAGCAACAACCAUUCACCUCCUAUAUAGUCCUCUAAUAAUUUGUAUAUUCUCAUAUAUUUCUAAAUUAAUUUAGCAAAUGUUUUAAUGAUGUUCAUUCAAUUCAUUUAUUCAUUUAUCCAUUUAGCUACUGAUUGUCUUGUGUUUUAAGCUUAUUUUUAAUAUUUCGAUAAGCCUAUAGCCAAUUAAAUUAAUUUGUGAAUGAAUUGAAUUGAAGUGAAAAAGAAAAAAAUUAUUAAUUGCAACAGACCAAUAGGUCACAGUUGAGGAGGUCUAUCUAAAAAAAAAAAAAAAAAAAAAUCCUUACACAAGACAAUGGACAAUAUACGGCUGUAUUUAAUUUAUAUAUUCAUAAAUGGGUGUUAUUGUGCUGUUAUUCUCAAGUCAAUAUAUGAGAUGAACAAAGUCAGUGUCUUUUUUUAUUGUGAUAUAAAUGAAUACUUCAUUUGGUUAUUUGAUACCUUGUAUGGUUUAUUUUAUUAAUGCCAUUGAGUGUCAAUAACUGCCAUAAACUGUCAAUUUAAUUUUAAAGCUAGCUGACAGAAGUUCAGUAUUUUUUUAUGAUGCAUGUUAUAGCAUGUGGCAACACUAUAAAGUGCCAUAUAGAUGAUUGUACAUAGAUUUCUACUUUGAUCUAUGAAGAAUGUGUUCAUAUUUGAACUUCAUGUCUAUACAGAGAAAGAGAUUAAUCAUUUGAAAAUGUAUCUAGAUAUCUGCAUAUUGCCCCUAGAAUAUGAGCUGAACCUCAUUUUAGAAGCUGCCAUAUUUAGGCAAAGGAAAAUGUAAGCUGUAAAUACAAGACUAUAAAGGAAAAUCUAUAAAAGUGGUGACCCCACAUGUCAAAAAUACAGAAUUUCCUUCAUUCGAGUCACCUGCUGUUUCUUUUAUUUUUAUUUCUCCCUCUUUACUUAUAUGCUUUGGAUCAUUGUUACAUGACCCACAUUUAACACAGUGUUAAAUUUCCUGAAAUGCAUUCAGUGCUCAAGCUCUUUGGUUUGUCUUGAGGAUUGAACGGAUGCCCAUCUUUUUUUUUAAACUAUUUUGUUACCUUUUCCAGUCACAUGAGCUACAGCAACUAUUUUUCUGAUCAAAUUUAACGGUGUUACUGUACUUAAGCAAUAUGGAUUUUUGCGUUAAAAAAAAAAAGUGAUUUACAGUGUGUUCAAAGUGGCCACAUUCUUUUUUUUAUGUUAUUAUUAUUAUUAUUCAACUUUACUACAGUGUAUGUCCUAUAUGCUACUAUAUGUUGUUGUGAAGCAGCCCUCCUGCAUAGGAGAGGGUGUUCAACUAUAAUCUCUACAUUUUUUUAACAGACAAAUCCAGUGAUGUUUCAACUCUCUGAAACACUUAUACUACAAAAAAGCAACAACAUAUCUCUUUCUGAACUCUCAUUUAUGUGACAAUUAACACUGAAAUUGUCUUUGCUAAGUACACAAGGAAUUGUCCAGUUUAUAGAAUUAAGAACAAAAAGAAAGUACCAUUAAGAGUUUGUUUUAGUGUGUGCACUGUUUCAUGAAAUGAAAAUGUAUAGCCGUUGUAACAUUUUAUGGACCAUCUAAAAUAGAUACUAAAAGUCUUUCUAAAAACAUUUAUUUACCCAGCCUGACUCCAAGUAUUGUGUAUUGUACAUUAUUCAGGAUUGUUUUUUGAAACUAAAAUGUCUUGUUCCAUAACAGAAAUGAUGACAUCAUUUCACAAUUUCAUAAGUGAAAUUCCAAUCUAUGUUUUUCCAUCAUUUUACUCUUAACUGUAACUUGACAUUUUUAGGUUGUAUUUCAAUGACAUAAUAAAGUAUUCAGUAAUUAAAUGUU